AUGUUUCGCCAAAUUCGGGUUCAUCAAGACGAUUGGGAUCUGCAACGAAUUUUGUGGCUCAACGAAGACAAUGAAGAGAUCACCUAUCAACUGACCACAGUCACCUAUGGGCUCAACUGUUCACCAUGGAUAUCACUAAGAGUCCUUCAACAACUGGUGGAGGAUGAAGGUCACCGCUUCCCAGCAGCAGUAGAGACACUCAGAAAAGGUCGCUACGUAGACGAUAUCUACGGCGGUGCCGACUCCAUCGAUCAACUAAAAGAAAUCGCUACUCAACAACAAGGACUUUGCGAAGCCGGUGGCUUCCCACUCCAAAAAUGGAGCAGCAACUCACCAGAAGCUCUUCAACAAUUAGGCCUCUCACCACAGAACUCAACAGUGCAUUUCGAAGAAGCAAUCACCAAGGUCUUAGGCCUUUGCUGGCAGCAAUCAACCGACACAUUCAAAUACAAGGCCAAGAACUUCACCUCAAAGACGUUCACCAAGAGAUCAGUGCUAUCAGAGAUCGCCCAAAUCUUUGAUCCACUGGGAUUCAUCGCUCCAGUUGUCAUCCUUGGCAAAAUCUUCAUCCAAAGUCUAUGGAGAUUGACACUUAAAUGGGAUGAUCCCUUGCCGACGGACUACGUACGACAAUGGAGGAAAUUUCGAGCGGAAAUCCACGAGCUAGAUAAGAUCUCAAUCCCGAGAUGGCUCAGACUGUCAACAGAAUCGAUCAACAUACAACUCCACGGGUUCGCUGAUGCAUCCAAAUCGGCAAUGAGCGCAGUAGUCUACAUCAGAUCAAAGAAACUCAAGGAACCGACCUCAACAAUCAUCGUAUGUGCAAAAACGAGGGUGGCACCACUCAAGGAAAUGACCAUCCCUCACCUCGAACUCACCGCUGCACUACUGCUCACCCGCCUUGCAAAGACAACUCACCAAAUGCUAGAACUCAACAACGUGGAAACUCACCUCUGGUCAGACUCAUCUGUUGCUCUGGCGUGGAUAACCAGUCAUCCCUCACGCUGGAAGGAAUUUGUCCACAACAGAGUAGCAGAAAUCCAAGAGACAUUGCCAGAAGCAACAUGGAGGCACAUCAGUGAAAAGGAAAAUCCAGCAGAUUGUGCCUCAAGGGGGAUCUCAACAAAUCAACUCAUCGAACAUCCACUCUUGUGGUCAGGACCUGACUGGCAUAAUCUAGAGCCAGACCAGUGGCCACAAUCAACAAUAGACGUCCCUGCAGAGGUCUCAAUGGAAGCGAAACCAUCACCAGCUCAUCCAGUCCCAGCUGAGGUCAACGUCAACGCACUAGCAGAGUUGCUAGACAGAUACUCAACACUAUCAAAGGUGCUGCAAGUGUCAGCGACCAUCAACAGGGCAAUCAAUAGGUUCAGAAGGCAACCAACACCCCAGACACCAGUCCUCACACCUGACGAACUCAACAAGGCUCGGCUAUUCUGGGUAAGACUAACACAAAAACAAUUCUUUGCUUCAGCAAUAAGGACCCUCAGGAGAGACCAUCAACUGCCAACGGGACAUCAACUAGCCAAGAUGACUCCAUUCCUAGACGAGCUAGGAAUCAUGAGAGUCGGAGGACGACUCAGAAACGCUCAACUAGACGCUGACGAGAUGCACCCCAUCAUACUGCCUCGCCAGUCGCGACUCACCACACUGGUCAUCAACGAAGCUCACCAACGAGCACUCCACGGAGGAACUCAACUCACGUUGGCAAUCACCCGCCAAAAAUACUGGAUAAUUGGCGGCAGAGGCACUGUUCGAUCCCACAUCCUACACUGUGUCAUCUGUACCAGAUAUCGGGCUCAACGAGCCCAACAGCUGAUGGGACAACUUCCCACAGCAAGAGUAUCACCAUCGAGAGCAUUCCUCCACACAGGGGUGGAUUAUGCUGGUCCAAUGCCCAUACUUAAGUGGAGACCAACAAAUGCUCAACCAGCCGCGGUGCACAUCGCAGUCUUCGUCUGCCUGAGCACAUCAGCAGUGCACCUGGAGCUGGUCACGCGUCAAAGCACAGACGCAUUCAUCGUAGCAUUCAAGAGAUUCACCGGGAGAAGAGGAAUCCCCCAAGUGAUGUAUAGUGACAACGGAAGCAACUUUGAAGGAGCUGCUGGAGUCCUACAUCGAUUAUACAACCAGGAAUCACAGGACUGA